AUGGAUCAAAAGGGGCGUGAGCUGGAGGAGGCGCCGGCGCCGGCGGUGGUUGUCCAUAUGGACGAGGCGGCUGCGGAACAAUAUGAGGGUCGUGCGAAGGACCCAGGAAUCGGGGAUAAGAAUGAUACACGGGAUGAGAUGGAUAUUUCUGGAAAUCCAUCAUCAUUAUCAGGGAGGACUUUUCGAGUAUUGGUAGACGAUUCCAGCAUAGAAUUUGGUGAGUUUGUUCGGACUUCAGAGGAAAAGGGCAUGAAAUGGCGGUGGAAGAUAAUUGACGACGUGCAAGCAGUGGCAGCUCUGUUCAAUAGUUACCCAGACGCCACGAUGUAG